AUGGGAUCCCAGGGUCUUCCGUUCAGAGUAGCUAUUGUCGGCGGUGGUAUUGGAGGCUUGUGUGCUGCUCUAUCACUGCAUCACCACUGUGCCGGCGAAGGCAUCAAAAUUGAUGUCUAUGAGCAAGCACCACAGUAUAAAGAAAUUGGUGCUGGUAUUGGCAUUGGUGUCAAUGCAGCAAGAUUGCUUCACUCUAUCGGCAUUGGGGAUGCCGUUAACAGCAUUGCUGGAAACCGAAAGGGUAUCUGGAUAUCUUUUCGUCGGUAUGAUACUGGAGCAGACAUCGUGACAGUACCGGUCAAUGACCGCGAGAAAAUUCGCCAAUGCCCGGUCCAUCGUGCAGAAUUCUUGGAUCUCCUGGUUGACACGAUUAAAGCUCGAGAAGCUGCGACCUUGCAUACCAACAAGUCUUGUGUCAAUGUUACCGACGAAGGCGAGACCGUCACCUUGAAUUUUCGGGAUGGCAGCACUUCCACAGCUCAUUUGGUUGUUGGCUGUGACGGAAUCCAUUCAAACCUUCGACCACAAUUCAGCUCAGAUAGUCCUCGUUAUGGGGGAAGAAUCGCAUAUCGGGGCCUGGUACCAAUCAGCAAGCUCGAAUCGAAUUGGCCAUUUCCAACCUAUUCCGUCAGCUGGUUGGGGAAUGAUAAACAUUUCUUGGUAUUUCCAAUCAGUAAUAACAGGCUUUUGAACAUUGUCGCCUUUGUCGCAAUAGAAGAAGAGAAGCUGGGCGGACUAAAGGAGAGCUGGACCGCCACUGGGGAGAAGAAUGAUCUGGCAAAGGACUUUGAGGACUUUGACCAAACUGUCCGAGAGGUGAUCUCUCAUAUGCCUGAGCAUCCCUCAAAAUGGGUCUUGAAUGACAGGGAACCUUUGCCGCAAUGGGUAUUUGCUCGGGGUAAGGUUGUCCUCAUGGGUGACGCCGCUCACGCUAUGCUUCCUCAUCAAGGCGCAGGAGCAGGGCAAGCCAUCGAAGAUGGGUACAUUCUCGGUCGAGCACUGCGAGACUAUCUCAGCUCUCGCAGUCACAAGGGCGAGGGUCUUGAAAGAUGGAUGCAGUUGUAUCAGAAUGUCCGUCUUCCGCGAGCGCAAAGAGCUCAAGCCACAGCCAGACAAGCAGGUCAAGUAUAUGAGAUGCAGACGGAGGAGAUGCUGGGGAAGUCGUACGAGGAGUGUCUGCCAAUCGUGCGCGAUAGCUUGAAGGACCGAAUGAAAUGGGUAUGGACCGAGGAUAUUGACCUGGGAUACGAUAAGGCGAGGACGGAGAUGGGAUAG